UCUUCGUCAUUUCACAACAGCGAGCACUAGCUUUUUGUUCUCCUUCCUAUUCAGGUUCCCCUAUCUGAUUAACGAGAGAAGUCAGGAUGUUUUCCAGAGUCACCCCCAGUAUGAUAGGAAAAGCCACUUUCAGAAACUCCAUAGGACGGGCUGCUGUCUGCGCUCGCAGAGGUUUCGUGCAACCUUCUAGUGCAGACCGUGCACGCAUCGUGGAAGAUAUGCACUUCAAGCUCGAGGUUCCAAAUCGUGAGAACAGCGUAACACAAAAGACUCGUCCCAUAUACCUCGAUAUGCAGGCCACCACUCCUGUAGACCCACGUGUUCUCGAUGCUAUGAUGCCGUACCUAACAGACCAGUAUGGUAAUCCACAUAGUCGAACCCAUGCAUAUGGAUGGGAAGCAGAGCAGGCUAUUGAGGCUGCACGCAAGCAUGUAGCGGACCUAAUUGGAGCCGAGGCUAAGGACAUCGUCUUCACUUCUGGUGCUACCGAGACCAAUAACAUGGCCAUUAAGGGUGUCGCACGGUUCAAUAAAGACAAGAAGAGACACGUUAUCACGACACAAACGGAGCACAAGUGCGUCUUAGAUUCUUGCAGGAAACUUAGCGAAGAAGACUUUGAAAUAACCUAUCUUCCUGUCGAGUCUAAUGGCAUAGUCAACCUCAAGACUCUUGAGGCCGCUAUCCGCCCUGAUACCUCCCUUAUUUCUAUCAUGACGGUAAACAACGAGACCGGUGUCAUCCAACCAAUGAAGGAAAUUGGUGCUAUUGUGCGAAAGCAUCGUGGUCUAUACCUUCACACCGACGCGGCGCAGGCCGUGGGAAAAAUACCUAUCGAUGUUAAUGAAGCCAACAUUGACCUGAUGAGCAUAUCAGGGCAUAAAAUCUAUGGUCCAAAGGGAGUAGGAGCUGCGUAUGUCCGCCGGCGACCGCGCGUGCGAUUGGAACCGAUCUUGAGUGGAGGAGGACAAGAGCGUGGGCUGCGUAGUGGUACCCUACCCACGGCGCUGGCGGUUGGCAUGGGCGAAGCAGCACGCAUAGCCAAGCUGGAGAUGGCGAGGGAUCACGCACGGAUCAAGCAGUUGUCGGAUAGGUUAAUCCAGGGUAUCAAUUCCCAAGUCGAGCAUGUAGUUCGAAAUGGAGAUGUCAAUGGAUACCCGGGGUGUGUGAACCUUUCGUUCUCGUAUGUUGAAGGCGAAAGCCUUCUCAUGGCCUUGAAGGAUAUUGCUUUGUCUUCUGGUAGUGCAUGUACAUCUGCGUCUCUGGAGCCUUCAUACGUUCUUCGUGCUCUUGGAGCGGCAGAGGAUAUGGCACAUUCGUCCUUACGCUUUGGCAUCGGUCGUUUCACCACAGAAGCGGAAAUUGAUUUUGUCGUAAAUCACAUCGUCCGCGUUGUCACCAGACUUCGUGAUAUGAGCCCGUUGUGGGAGAUGGUGCAGGAAGGCAUCGACAUCAACUCGAUUAAUUGGUCUCAACAUUAAUUUAUAGUUCUGAAUUUGUGAUCACGUCGCAGCGUUUUGCUUUACCUGUCGUUUACAUAUUUGAGGAUUGUUUUGCCUAUGACUUUAUGUACAACGAUAUGAAGGACUUUCGAAGGAUAUUAUUGGCGGUAUUCGAGGUCUUGUCCACUAAUUGUCCACGGUGCCCAAAUUCUUGGCAAACAACUGAAUAUAAUUGCGAGUUGAAUCUCCGCCAUAACUGCAC